UCCCGGGGAGCCAAGAACUCCUGGGUUUAGACAGCGCCCUGGGAAGUGCCUUCCUAGCCACCCGCUCCGAACAGCUGGGCCCCAUGUGGUCCCUGCUCUGCAGAUGAGGAAACCGAGGCUCCGCGGGGUUGGCAGACGGCCCAGAAUCACACAGGGUGGAGCAAACCGAGUCAGGGGAGGAGGCCCGGUGUGGAGGGCCAGUACCGCCCCGGUGAGCUCCCGUCUCUGACAAAAAGUGGAGAGCGGGAAGGGAGCCACGGGGGUGGGGGGGGUGAGGGGUAGCAUCAGCCCAGUGGCCCUGGGCCCUGUUGGUGCUGGGCCGUUCCCUGGGAAGGUGGGCGCUGAGCUGUGCAGCCCCCCUCCAGCCCGGGGCCGCUCGUCAGCGCUUCCAGAAUCUUCCACCGCUUACACUUCCAUUUCCUGAUUUCCCGUUGAAUCUGUUCCGAGUCCCUCGCUAUGUUACCGGCUUUGUGCCGAGCAUCGAACCCAGAGCCUCCACAUGCAGGGUCUGCAGCCCGAGAGCCCCACCGCUGGGCCGUCUCAUCUGCCCACGCCUCUGAUGUUUGACCAGGGACUGCACCGUUGCUGGGGCCUGCCCUCCACCCACAGGCCCCCCAACUCCUCCUGCCUCUCGCUCGAGGACCAGAUGUGCCCGGGGAACCGGACCACCCCGGGCAACGUCCAGCUGCUGCCGCUGGCGGUGGUGCUGGGCUUCGUGUCGCUGGCCACCGUGGGGCUGAACGUGCUGGUGCUGUACGCGGUGCACAGCGAGCGGAAGCUGCACACGGUGGGGAACCUCUACAUCAUCAGCCUCUCGGCCGCCGACCUCAUCGUGGGCGCCGUGGUCAUGCCCAUGAACAUCCUCUACCUGCUGCAGUGCCGCUGGUCGCUGGGCCGGCCGCUCUGCCUCUUCUGGCUGUCCAUGGACUACGUGGCCAGCACGGCGUCCAUCUUCAGCGUCUUCAUCCUGUGCAUCGACCGCUACCGCUCCGUGCAGCACCCGCUGCGGUACCUCAAGUACCGCACCAAGACGCGGGCAUUGGCCACCAUCCUGGGCGCCUGGUUCCUGGCCUUCCUCUGGGUCAUCCCCAUCCUGGGCUGGCGCCACUUCUGGCCCAGCAGCAGCCAGAAGGACCAGUACCCCGAGGACCAGUGCGACACGGACUUCUACGACGUCACCUGGUUCAAGGUCAUGACGGCCAUCGUCAACUUCUACCUGCCCACCGUGCUCAUGCUCUGGUUCUACGCCCGCAUCUACAAGGCCGUGCGGCGGCACUGCCGGCACCGCGAGCUGGCCAACGGGGCGCUGCCCUUCUUCUCCGAGAGGACCCUGCGGGCCCCGGGCCCCAGGCCGGCCCGGGAGUCCACCUGGGCCUUUCUGAAAAGGAAAUCGGGAGACACCACCACCACCAUCACCGGCGAGGACCCGGGCUUGGCGUCCACCCCGUCCGGCGAGUCGGAGGGGACGUCGCCGGUGCUGUGCGACCUGGUUGGGAACACGGAGGCCGACCCGCGCCAGUGUCUCCCGCUGAGCCUGGUGCCGUCCACACAGCCGGCGGCGGCUGCCGAAGGGGGUGACCGGAGCCAGCGGCAGGACAGUGGCGAGCCGGGCGGCUCCGGGGCCAGCGAGGUGCUGGAGGACAGCCAGGUGCUCGGGGACAGCCAGUCUGUCUCCAGGACCGACUCGGACACGUUCACCGAGCCGGGCCCAGACAAGAGCCAGGCGCGGGGCCGGUCGAGCGUGAGCCUGGGCUACCUCAAGUUCACGUGGAAGCGGCUGCGCUCCCACUCGCGCCAGUACGUGUCCGGGCUGCACCUGAGCCGGGAGCGCAAGGCGGCCAAGCAGCUGGGCUUCAUCAUGGCGGCCUUCAUCCUCUGCUGGAUCCCCUACUUCAUCUUCUUCAUGGUCAUCGCCUUCUGCGAGAGCUGCUGCAACUCCUACGUGCACAUGUUCACCAUCUGGCUGGGCUACAUCAACUCCACGCUCAACCCGCUCAUCUACCCGCUGUGCAACGAGAACUUCAAGAAGACGUUCAAGAAGAUCCUGCACAUCCCCUCCUAGGCGGCCGCCGCCGGAGAGCCCCCGCGCCACCCUUGGGAUGCCCACGGGGGGGGCGGGCACCGGUGGGGGAGGAGGCCCGUGGGAGCACCAGGCACCCGAGCUCUCGGGCGGCAUCCAAGGCGCGGUCUUGGAGACGGGGGAAUCUGGAAAGUUCUCGGGCGCCUUUGGAGGGAGUGGUGGAGGGCAGGGGGCUGUCGAGAGAAUUGACUUCAGCUCAGGAGAUGUGGAAACACCUCCCUUCCUCUCCCCGCACACACACACACACACACACACACACACACACACACACACACACUCGUCGGCAUCCUGGUUUCACGCUCAGAUGGCGUGGCCACAGAAGGGACACGGAGGCGGGUUCCACUGGGCGGUCAGACAGAGCCUGGACCGUUCCAGAAUGAGCUCUGUGGCUGCAGAGGCCUCCCACCCGCAGGCAGGUUCUGGGCGGCUUCCUGCAGCCCCGCCUCUCAGAACGGCCUUUCUCUGCUCCUGUCUAGUGCUCCGUCCCGCCGACCCGCAUCUGAGCCCCGUCCAGUCUCUUUCCUCCUGCUUCAGUGGGAAAUGGCGCAGCCUGGUGGGCACUGCUGCCAGCCCCGAAUCCAAAUCCCCUUUGGCUAUGAGAGAGAGAGGGG